AAAUGAUACACCGAGGGUAAGAGAGUGAGAACAGUUUCACGCCAGAUUAAGAGUAAAUAAUUAAUUUAAAAGUAAGCAAUGAAGAUAAUAUGGAUGAAUUAAGGAAUAGAGAUAAUAAAAAGUAUGCGAUUAUAGAUUAAGAUGUUCGCAUAUAAUUAUUACGUCGUAUACUUUCAAAAGAAUCAACAAUAAAAGAGGCUGCAAAAGAAUUUGGAAUAAACUUUUCUACAGCAAAAGCUAUUUUACAAACUUAUCGAAAAGAAGGUCGAGUUGGUAAGAAAAAGACAAGAGAUAGAAAUAAGAGUAAAUAGGAUUUAGGAGAUUAUAAUCAGACAAGAAAGAUUUAAUCAAUGUAUAAUCUUGAACAACCUAUGAUGCAAAUAAAAGUAACUUCUCCAGAGAAAAGACUUUAACCUUAACCUUAAGCAUAACCUUAAUAAUAAACAAUGAUUCCAGUGAUGAGUUCACCAAAUCUUGAUAACACUUAAAUAGCCUUGGCUUUAUGCUAAAGAGAGUUGGCUUAAUAAAAACUGCUAAAUUUUUAAUUAAUGAUGAUGAUCUAAGUAUAAAUAGAAACUAAAUUAUUUUAGAACUUUAAUAAUAUUACACAAUUAUAAGUCAAAGAAGAAUCUAGUAUAAUUAAUUGA